UGAAGGAACCAAGUCCAAAAAUAAAGUGUGAGAACUUCAGUUCCCCUUGUCGCUCUUUGACAGCAGGCUAAUUGGGAUCAGGUGUUCAAACCUCAACUAUCAGCAACAUGGCAGCAAAAACACCUUUGAGUGCCAGUCUUCGAGAACGGCUGAAGAAAUCACGGCGUCCUUUUAACUUUCCAUUUGUUGUGCCAAAGCGAUUAAAAAUUGACAGCCAGAGUGAAGGUGGUGGAAAUGCAGACCCUGGCACUGAGGUUGGUGGCAGCCAGAUUCCUGAUACUUGUGCUCAGAAUGGUGUUAUCACAGAAACAGAAAGUCUUUGCAAUAAGAUGAUGGAUAAGCAGCCAGAUACAAGUGCAGUGGAUCGGGAGGAAGCUUGUCUGAGAGUCCAGCAUGCAGCUGAACAGAACAUCCAGACUUCUGCUAAGUCCCCUAAUCUAAUCCCUGAAAAGCAGCAACUUCUUGAGGAGAAAGAACGAUUACAGAGAGAAGUGAGAGAGAAAGAGGAACUUCUCCGUCGUUUGAAAAUGGUUCAGAUGUACAGAACAAAGAAUAACCUGGCAGAACUGGGAUCUCUGAUACAGAAAUGGAGGAAGAGCAGCCAGACCUUGUUGUAUGAACUUCAAAUUGCCCUUUGCAGUGAUUCAAAACCAACUUUAACCCAGCUGAUAGACAGUCUGGCAAUUGAGGAUAGACUCCUGCAUUACAGCAGACUUGAGGAAGAUUUCACAGAUGGAUGAGAUGAUCACUCCUAUGCUGAAAAUCAGCAGCCUUAUUCACAAGGCAUUAGCCAGCACUUUGCAGUAAGUUUUUGAGAAGACAUUGUUUUGUUGUAAAGACUUUGCUCUGCCGGAUUACAUGGUGCCUUUAAACUCCUGAAGUUGUUGUUUACUCUGUUUCCUUUACUGAGGAAGGAUACAACACCAUGGGCUUAUCCAUUCCGUCUCCAGCCAUCAUUAAUGCUGCUGUAAUUUGUCAUUAAACAGUGAAGAUGGAGUUUUGCUUGUUCUUUUCUGUCACCUUGUUCUCUGGACUAAUUCUCUUAUCCUGUCAAGGAUGGAACAAUAAACAGCCAAAAACUUCUGCGUGCACUUUGUGAAGAGGAGGAAUAUAGGCAAAAUAAUAGAUUUUUAAUCUAUUCUAAUUCAGAAGCAAAAUACUACAGAUUCUGCAAACCUGAAAUAAGAACAAGUACUGGAAAUAUAUAUUGGGUUGAGAACUGUGUGGAGAGGGAAAUAGAGUUAGUGUUUUGGUGUGGUUUUUAUAAGGGUGGAGUAAACAAGUGGAAUAAUUCAGGUGACACUUCUAUGCCAAUAUUCAUAUACAGUUGCACACUGAGAAAAACAUUUAUUUUUAAUGAAUACAAAUUUUAAAUUAAUCCAGCCAA